GCUAAACGUUACACGACAACCGAACGACGAGCAGUCAGCACUUGGCAGAGGAGCAUCAAAUCUUCUUAAUUUUUUUCCCCCCAUUCACCAUCACUGACACCGCGCCGCCGUUGCACGCGCGUCCCCGAUAACACUCAUCGCGAACGCACGCACGCACAGACGCAGCACCACUCACUCGCCGACCGAACGAAGAGCAGCGGAUAAUAAUAUUGUACAGUGUGAAAAACGCCGAAAAUCCCCGCGUAUCAUUAUACACACACACGCGCACAGAACGUAUACGCGUUUUCGGUUAAUUAUAUUAUUAAUUUUAUACCUAUUUGUAUUGAUAAAUUGUUAUUUUUUUUAUUAUUUUAAUAAUAUUAUUAUUAUUACUACUGUAUAGUGUAUACCGCGACGCCGCCGAAGCCGUAUUGCACGCACGCACGGGCGCCGCCUUACCGUACGUACGUUUCGUAGUCGUGGUCACGUCGUUUGUCGUCACUCGCCGUAUACGCGCACCGCCGAAACCGCCACCAACGGCACGCCGAGAACGCUUUAUUGCCGCUCCGACACCGCCACCGCCAUCGCCAUAAAUCGCACACCACCCAGACACGCGACGACGAGUCUUCAACAUCGUUACACACCCGCACACACACCGUGCACAGCAAUGGACGAUCUUAAGGUCGAGGUGCUCUUCGAGAAUGGCGCCUAUUACGAGGGUUUUGUCACGGGUGUAAUGGAAAAUGAAGUUCUAGUUUCUUUUCCUAAUGAUUGGUAUCCUGAAACUAAAUUCAACUGUGACAAUGUUCGUCUUCCCUUGUCAGAUGAACAAUGCAGUACAGAAUUUAGUGAUAAUCAAGAAAUAGAAGUAAAAUCAAUUAGGGAACCUCAUCCUUGUUAUGGAUGGGUAAAAGCAGUGAUAAAAAUUAUAAGUGGUAACCCACCAUCUCAGUUUGUUGUCCAAUAUUUUAACUCGACAGUGACAGAAAUAGUUUCUCCAGAGCGAGUUAGAUGCAGUAACAUAAAUCCUCACAUUAAUGGAGAUACAUUUUAUAAGUUCGAUAUUGAUGUACCAGAAGAUGUUAGAGAGUCUGCUAAAAUUGAUGGUAUCCAUAAAGAUCUGCAGAAAGCAAUUGGUGCAUCUCUAGUGUUAUAUAAUCCUGAUCAAUCAGUAUUGAGUGUUAUAUCUCGAUCGCCAUUGACCAGUAAAAGAGCACAGAUGUUAGCUGACAUGCACUUCAGAAACCUGAAUCAAAAGGUUAUGUUGCUUAAGAAGACUGAAGAGUUAGCCAGGCAACUGGAAAGUUCCAAGCUACAAAUUACAUCAUCAUCCUACACUGAUGAAUUUAAUGUUCGUGAUGAUCUUAUGGGUUUAGCUAUUGGUGCUCACGGCACUAACAUCCAACAAGCACGCAGGGUUGACGGUAUUACAAAUAUUGAAUUAGAUGAACAUACUGGCGUUUUUAAAAUUUAUGGAGAAAAUAAAGAUGCAGUAAUGAAAGCUCGAGGAAUUUUAGAGUAUAGGGAAGAGUUUCUUCAAGUUCCAAGAGAUUUUAUAGGAAAAGUUAUUGGUAAAAAUGGUCGAAACAUCCAAGAUAUUGUUGACAAGAGUGGAGUGAUCAGAGUAAAAAUUGAAGGUGAUAAUGAGCCACAACCUACCAUUCCUCGUGAAGAGGGUCAAGUUCCUUUUGUGUUUGUUGGCACAGUAGAAAGCAUAUCUAAUGCUAAAGUUCUACUAGAAUAUCAUUUAGAACACCUUAAAGAACUCGAACAAAUUAGGCAAGAAAAAAUGGGAAUGGAACAAGAGUUGCGUAGUAUUCACAGUACUGGACCAGCUUAUCCACAUACCAUGAUUCCCAAUUAUACGAUGCAAAGGCGAAAUGACCGUAACUUUAAUGCAGAUAGCGAAAACAUGAAUAAUGGCUUGGGUAACUCUAUGGGAAGAGGAAGUAACAGACCCAGAGGUACCUCAGGUCGUGGUCGAGGUUCAAGGCAUGAUUUUUAUGCCAAUAGUGGUAGUAGAAAUCAACAUCCAGAUGGAGUUGAUGAUAGACUUCCACCACCUUCUCAACGUUCUAAUCAAUACCAGUAUAACCGAUCAGGUGGUCAAGGAAACAACUUGUCCAGGGAACGUCGUGGUGGUGGUAGUAGUAAUUCGGCUCCUAGAGGUGGUUCCAGGGGUGGUGGAAACAGGCGAAUGGAUGAUAGAAGAAGAACAGCUGAUGAUGAGCAUACAAUUCUUGAUAACGCUCAAGACAGUGGUGAUAGAGAGUCUGUAUCUAGUGUGGACGCGCAAGCACCGAAGUCCAAAAGCAGUCAAAAACGAAGAAAUCGCGCCAUAGCUGCUGCUCAAGGUGAACCAUCAAUCAAUUCUAAUCCCAUUGGUAGUAAUAGUUACAAUGCUAAUGACUGGGUGUAUGAAUUUAGUAAUGACAUUAAAAGUGAAACAAUCACCACAUCUCAGACUACCAACAAUGGAAAUACUAAUAAUGGUAAUGCUAACAAUGGAAACUCGAAACCAGCUAAAACUCAAAAGUCCAAAGGCCAACAGAAUAAGUCUCCUACAAAAAACAAGUCUAACAAUACCACAACUUCAGCAGCUAAUGGACAGCAAGUCAUAGUAAAUGGCUCAUCCUCUGCCCCUGAUGCUGAUUCUGCCUAAAGUUAUAAACUUAUUAUUACAACAUCUAGAUAACAUCUUUUUUAAAAAAAAAAAAAAAAAACAUUUUUAGUGG